AAGUGAUGUGUUAAACAAUAGAAACACAAGAAAUAAAAAGGAGCCACCAAGUGAUGUGUUAAACAACAGAAAUACAAGAAAUAAAAAGGAGCCACCAAGUGAUGUGUUAAACAAGAGAAACACAAGAAAUAAAAAGGAGCCAUCAAGUAAUGUGUUAAACAACAGAAAUACAAAAAAUGGAGAGGAGCCACCAAGUGAUGCGUUAAACAAGAGAAACACAAGAAAUAAAAAGGAGCCACCAAGUGAUGUGUUAAACAACAGAAAUACAAGAAAUAAAAAGGAGCCACCAAGUGAUGUGUUAAACAACAGAAAUACAAGAAAUGGAGAGGAGCCACCAAGUGAUGUGUUAAACAACAGAAAUACAAGAAAUAAAAAGGAGCCAUCAAGUGAUGUGUUAAACAACAGAAAUACAAGAAAUGGAGAGGAGCCACCAAGUGAUGUGUUAAACAACAGAAAUACAAGAAAUGGAGAGGAGCCACCAAGUGAUGUGUUAAACAAGAGAAACACAAGAAAUAAAAAGGAGCCACCAAGUGAUGUGUUAAACAACAGAAAUACAAGAAAUGGAGAGGAGCCACCAAGUGAUGUGUUAAACAAGAGAAACACAAGAAAUAAAAAGGAGCCACCAAGUGAUGUGUUAAACAACAGAAAUACAAGAAAUGGAGAGGAGCCACCAAGUGAUGUGUUAAACAAAAGAAACACAAGAAAUAAAAAGGAGCCACCAAGUGAUGUGUUAAACAAGAGAAACACAAGAAAUAAAAAGGAGCCACUAAAGGAGCAGAACAAUAGAAAAUCUGCCAAUGAAAAUGCACCAUCAAAUGGUGUCCAGAAAGAGCAGAUAACUGUGAAGGGAAGAGAACCUCUUGAUGGUGUGCACAACAAAGAAAAAUUACCGAUAUGGGCUGUGGAGAAAAAGCCUAAGAGAACCCCUGGAAAAAGAAAGUCUUUGAGGGUUGCAAGCAAAGAUGUCUUUGAAUUUAAUUUUAUCCCAUCUGAAGAAGUAGCCAAGAAAAAGCGGGUAACUAGAACGAGAACCAAAGUGAGGCGCACAAAAUUUAGACCGAGGACAAAGUUGGCACUAUUAACAACUGACCCAAAUUGGAAGAGAGUUAUGUCCACUUUCUUGAUAAAGCCUGUGAAUGCCCCCACCUCCAGGAGAGACAGUGAAUCCACAGGAAACCAUAAUGGGUCGAGUGACAACACUGUUUUUUGUAAUGACAGAACAGAUGGUGAAUCCACAGGAACCAGUGUUGCAGCAGAAGAUAAUUUUGAUAAUGACUUUGAUAUUCAUGAUAGUGAAGAGUUUACUGGUACUCAUGAUAGUGAAGAGUUUACUGAUACUCCUGAAAGUGAAGUUACUGAAGAAUAUGAGUUUGAAACUGCAAGUUCAUUUGUUGCUCCACAGCAAGAACCAUUGAGAUUGGUCCCAAUGACAUCAGCCAGUGUAUUACCUACUCCAGCUAUAUCCAAACACAUUUCUAAGCUAAUUGGAGGUUCAUCUACUCCUAGAGCCAAAAAUAUGUUAAAAUCUAGUGUUGAGCCUCUUGAGGAGCAGGUUCCAAUGACGUUGAAAGAGGAUAUUGCUAUUUGUUUUGGCUUUGAAGACAGUGAGCAUGAUUUUGAAAAGAGUAGCCUAAAUUUGUCACCUGUGAGACGGUCGGGAUUGUCAUCGUGCCUGGAAGUAACUGGCACAUCAGAAGUUCAUAUGGAAUGUCGCCCAUCAAGUCGACCAUCACGUUUCUCAUGGGGCCCACUUCGACCAGGAUAUACAAGCUAUGUAUCUAAUAUUUGUUCAUCAAGUGUAUUUGCUGAUGGCCAUAAUGUGUCGUCUGUGUCAAGGUUUUCAGGUGCAGUGUAUGCCAAAAAACCUACACUAAAAAAAACUAAGUAUGGUAAAAAUUUUGUUUUGCAAAAAGAAGAUAAAGAAAAUCUUCAUUGCAGUCAAGUAAGUCCAAGAAAAAGCCAGCGAAAGACGAAUAAAUCGAGUCUUCUUGCAGCUGAAAAUGAGGAUUGUACUGGUGAAGGUGGUGACAUAUCAGUAUUGUUUGAUGAAGAUGAGGUGAUGGAGGAUCAUCUAAAAGGUAAAGAAAAGCAGAUUAAGCCAACUUUGAAGGACAGCUCCCCAAAAUUGUCUCCGUAUCUGUCCAAAGAAAAUGAGUAUCAGUCACCAGAAAAGUCUUUUUCUAAGCCCCCAAGAAAAUCUUAUGACAAGAAUGCCUUAGAAGAAGCACGUCGGAAGUUCUUAAGGGACUUUGGUGGAGGCACUGCCACGGAAACUGAAACCGAAGAGGAUGAAGCUGUAAUAAAGAAGAAACAGAAGAGGAAGAAGCCAUUGAAGUCUAAGAGUGCCUCCAAGAAAGUGAAGACAAAAACCAAUUUAUCUCAGAACUCAACUGGUAUUCUUUCAAAUAUAUCAGCAAGAACAAAUACCUUAAAGAAUAAUGGAAAUUCUGCUAUUGAGCAGUCAUUACAUGAAUGGGCAUCUCACUUGAACAGCCAUUUUAGUGAAGUGGAUGACAGUAUUUUGGUAACUGACUGAAAUGAAAUUGAAGUGUCAGUGUAAUGAGAGAGCAGAUAAAUCAACCUCUGCAAGAAUUUGGUGGUUGUACAUGUACAGUAUACAUUACUUCUGCACAGUGCUGAGAACUGCAGGAACAAUAUGAAUUGAUUACCGUAUAAUAUAGAUCCCAAUUAGUGACGUUGAAAAUUUUCAUUUGUGUGAAGCUCUUUCAGCUUGAUACACCAGAUGUAUCAUCAUGGUCAUUAAUCUGCAAGUACAGCCCGCCCCCUAAAUUCGUGGGGGUUAGGUUCUCAAAAUGGCCGUGAAUUGCCAAAUCUGUGAAUAACAUUUGCGGACCGAGGUGGGAGGGGCUUACAAAGAAAUGUGUAUUCCCUUUUUGUGUGUUCCCUUAGGACAAUUAUUUCUUUCACCUGUAGUUUUGUAUGUGUGUGUGUGUGUGUAAUAAUGAUAAUAAUAAUAAUAAUAAUAAAUAAUAAUAAUAAAUAAUAA